UUAAAAAGAGCUGAUUGUUGUACUAUAGUACAUGAUCAUAACAAAACUUGCGUAUAUCGUGCUCAAAUUUUAAAAUUAAAUUUUCAUCGUAAUCCCCUGAGUUAAAGGAAGAAUCUUACGAUUCCCUACAAUAUUACCUGUUCGGUGUCCAUAAGUCGAUUGCGUAAACCCAAAAAUGUUAUCAUUUUUCCGCAAGAAAACCGCAGACGAUUUGAUCGAACCAUCAAGUUCUCACAGUAAAAGCGACAACAACGAUAUUGCACCAUCACCACCGUUAUCUCAACUUGGUUACCGCAGCACCAACGACCUGAAGGAAACCAUUUUUGACUUCCUGCGAACCAUCAGAGAUCCAGAAAAACCAAACACAUUGGAAGAUCUGAAAGUGGUUUACGAGGACGGCAUCUUCGUGCAGCAGCCCACCGAUGGUAAUGUAUACGUGGUUCGGAUAGAGUUCAAUCCGACUGUUCCGCACUGCUCGCUGGCUACGCUGAUCGGACUGUGCAUUCGGAUCAAGGUGCAGCGUAGCCUAAAUCAUCAUCUCAAGCUGGACAUCUACAUCAAGAAGGGCGCCCACUCGACGGAGGACGAAAUUAACAAGCAGAUCAACGAUAAGGAACGAAUAGCGGCCGCGAUGGAGAAUCCUAAUUUGCGACAAUUGGUUGAAAAUUGUAUCAAAGAGGAAGAGUAAGAUAGACCAUGUUUUUCCUAAGGACACGAACGACAAACGAACAAAAUAUGAUAGGCUGCAGCGUUUUUGAAAUUCUUUUAUACAUAAAUUGGCAAUGUUUGUUAUUAAAGCACGACUGUUUAGGGUGUUGUAUUAUAA